UCUCUACGGCUUCGCCUAUAAAAACUAGACGAGGGGAAGCUUCUCAGCUACGGCUGAUCCCGCCGCCGUUUCCCCUGGCGCUCCCGCUCGACGAGCCCCCAUGGGCGCGUAGCAGCAGUGGUGGUUUCCUCUUAGCCCUCGCUUCUUCCAGCUUCCGCUUCUUCUGCCGCUACUGCUCCGUCUAGCUGCCUACGCGCUCGCUUCCAGUGACGGGAGCGCCCAAUGGACGAGGAGAUCGGCGGCGCCGCGCGGCAGGCUCAGUGGAAAAAUUACUGCAAAACUCUCUCCCUGCUAGCGUUCCAGAGCUUCGGUGUGGUGUAUGGAGACUUGAGUACGUCGCCUUUGUACGUCUACAGAAACUCUCUGUCCGGAAGACUGAAUGCCUACAUUGAUGAGACAACCAUCUUUGGGUUAUUUUCUCUGAUAUUUUGGACUUUUACACUUGUGCCGCUGCUGAAGUACGUCACAAUUGUAUUGAGUGCGGAUGAUAAUGGGGAGGGUGGACCAUUUGCUUUGUACUCACUUCUUUGCAGGCAUGCAAAAUUCAGUUUGCUGCCAAACCAGCAAGCGGCAGAUGAAGAGCUGUCAACAUAUUAUCAACCAGGCACUGAUCGCACUGCGGUGUCCUCUCCAUUCAAAAGGUUUCUAGAGAAGCACAGGAAGCUGCGGACCUGUUUACUUCUUUUUGUUCUGUUUGGUGCAUGCAUGGUGAUAGGUGAUGGUGUACUUACACCAACUAUAUCUGUUUUGUCAGCCAUCUCUGGAUUGCAAGACCCUGCCACAAGUGGAUUAUCAAAUGGAUGGAUCGUAUUCAUUGCAUGUGUUGUGCUGGUUGGUCUCUUUGCUCUGCAGCACCGAGGUACCCAUAGGGUGGCAUUCAUGUUUGCUCCGAUUGUUGUGUUCUGGCUCUUGAGCAUUGGUAUCAUUGGUCUAUAUAAUAUCAUCCGCUGGAAUCCUAGAAUAUUUGUUGCUCUUUCUCCACACUACAUUGUAAAGUUUUUUAAGAAAACAGGAAGAGAUGGUUGGAUUUCUCUUGGCGGAGUACUUCUUGCCGUCACAGGUACUGAAGCUAUGUUUGCCGAUCUUGGCCACUUCACUGCUGCAUCUAUCAGGCUGGCUUUUGUUGGUGUCAUAUAUCCCUGUCUUGUGCUGCAAUAUAUGGGACAGGCUGCGUUUCUAUCUAAAAACACGCCAGCUGUCUAUAACAGUUUUUAUCUUUCUAUUCCAAGUCCUUUGUUUUGGCCUGUAUUUGUCAUAGCAACUCUUGCUGCAGUUGUGGGCAGCCAGGCUAUUAUAUCUGCAACCUUUUCUAUUGUUAAGCAGUGCCUUGCUCUGGGAUGCUUUCCACGAGUGAAGGUUGUGCAUACGUCAAGGUGGAUUCAUGGCCAGAUUUACAUACCUGAGAUAAAUUGGAUUCUGAUGGUCCUCUGUUUAGCUGUGGCACUUGGCUUCCGUGACAUCACAGUGAUAGGAAAUGCUUAUGGUCUCGCAUGCAUCACCGUGAUGUUCGUCACCACCUGUCUGAUGUCAUUGGUCAUCAUCUUCGUCUGGCAGAAGAAUCUCCUGAUCUCCCUGUUAUUCCUCGUAUUCUUCGGGGCAAUUGAAGCCGCCUACCUGUCCGCAGCGGUUAUGAAGGUUCCCCAGGGAGGUUGGGCUCCGAUCGCGCUAGCCUUCGUGUUCAUGUCCAUCAUGUACGUGUGGCACUACGGCAUGCGGCGGAAGUACAUGUUCGACCUCCAGAACAAGGUGUCGAUGAAAUGGAUCCUGAACCUCGGGCCGAGCCUGGGGAUCAUGCGCGUGCCGGGGAUCGGCCUCAUCUACACCGAGCUGGUGACCGGUGUCCCGGCCAUCUUCUCGCACUUCGUCACCAACCUGCCGGCGUUCCACCAGGUGCUGGUCUUCGUGUGCGUCAAGUCCGUGCCGGUGCCGUACGUGCCCGUCGACGAGCGGUACCUGAUCGGCCGGAUCGGCCCCCGGGAGUACCGCAUGUACCGGUGCAUCGUCAGGUACGGGUACAAGGACGUGCAGAAGGACGACGAGAACUUCGAGAACCACCUGGUGAGGAGCAUCGCCAGGUUCAUCCAGAUGGAGGCCGAGGAGUCGGCCUCGUCGGGGAGCUACGAGUCGUCGACGGAGGGGAGGAUGGCGGUCGUGCACACCACCGACACGACGGGGACGGGGCUGGUGGUGAGGGACUCCACCGACGACGACGCUGCGGCAGGCACGUCCCUGACCCGGAGCAGCAAGUCGGAGACGCUCCGGAGCCUUCAGGAAAUCUACGAGCUGGAGAACGCUGGCAGCGUCAACCGCCGGCGGAGGGUGCGGUUCCAGAUCGACGAGGAGGAGCGGAUCGACCCGCGGGUGAGGGACGAGCUGUCGGACCUCCUGGAGGCGAAGGAGGCCGGCGUGGCGUACAUCAUCGGGCACUCGUACGUGAAGGCGAGGAAGAACUCCAACUUCCUCAAGACGUUCGCCAUCAACUACGCCUACUCGUUCCUCCGGAAGAACUGCAGGGGCCCGUCGGUGACGCUGCACAUCCCCCACAUCAGCCUCAUCGAGGUCGGCAUGAUCUACUACGUGUAGAAGACCUGCAGCGGGACCCCUCAAAGCAGCGCGGAUUUUGUGACGUGGCUGCUUUGAACUCAGCCUUCUGCUGCCGAAGAUGAGUACCAGUUUAGUUUUGUCUGUGCUUGUAUAUUUGUAAUUUCAUCGAGGUGGGAGGCAGCGUAAAACACAUAAGCGGGAUCCGGCGGUUGCCAUUGUUUGAAUCUGCAGCUUCGCUACCCUUGUAAAUAGAUUGUGCUCGUCAUGGAAAUUAAGCAUUAGCUUGGCUUCAGAUUUGACCAAUAUUUGUAAUUUGACGCUCAUUUGGAUGGUGGUACCACUCUGACCGUAUCACGUGCCUGUGAACAAAUCCGGUAGUUAAAUUGUUA